CAUACACAAGAUGACGUCCAAAAACCUGAACCGCACCAAUAUCGAUAUCGUCCUGGCCGAAUUCAAGAAAGAUCGCGCAGCAAGUGUUCCGUUCCCUAUUCGUUAUCUCUUAUUCGAUCGCAAAUUUCGCCAAGACAUAUUCUACGAAAUUCCGCGGGACGUCGAGCCGGAUACUCUCAAACGUGCUUUGAAUCAAUACGUCCGCGAGCGGGGCACGACAAUUGAGUAUAGCCAUGAUGUCUUUCAAGCUUGGCCACGGUGCUCUUCAGGAGAGGAUGAGGCCCCCCGUUCUGACAGCGGCGGCAACGAUGAUGCUCCUGCUACUUCCUAGCGUGGCGAUUGAGUGGGAUAACGUGGGAGACUGUAUUAUGACGCUUUAUUCAUCGAACGACUGUAAUGACGACACGAUCGAGCAGGUUUAUGAUUUUGGGGAAAGUGAUCUUUGUGUCCCGCCCGAUUUCACUUGGAG